CGCAUUGAGCAUUGAUUCAUUGUGUUCGAACUUAUUCUGUAUUCAUUUGCUUUAAUUUUUACGCAUUGAGCAUUGAUUCAUUGUGUUUUUAGUUAUUACAGAGUAUUAUAACUGACUUACCAGCUCGAAUAGCGUAACGGUUCAGCUACUGAGAAAUUGUCAAUCAAUUGCAGCUUAAGAUCUCAGCCAUGUCGAACAGAAGAAUCAGUCGGAUUGUAGUUAAACCCGUAGAUGAUCCAAUUCGGAAUCCGUUAAGCUCUCAACCAGAGAGCUCUGGAUCAUCUUCUCCGGCUACUUCUCAGCUAAAUCAUUCGGAAGUUGUGCCAAAAGAUCAACCUAGCCAGAAGAAUCGCCGGAAUUUCAGGAACCGGCGUGGCCGGGGGGUCAAACACCAGUUCGUGCAGAGAGUUCCGGCGCCGGCGGCGUGUUUGACGAAAUGCGGAGGCGAGGAAGAUCAUAGAGUUGAAGGUGGAGGUGGGAUUGAAGUACGAGUUCCGAGUGAUUGCGGGGAAGGGACGUCGGGAACGAAGGAAAAGGAAGAGAAUGGCGGCGUUGGGGUGGGAGUUGAGGGGUUUGAUGAUGUAGGGAGAAGACUGGAAGAGUUGCGAUUGGGCGUUGAAGAGGCUGAGUUGUCUGGAGAGCAGAUUAGGGUUAAUGAUCAAGCGCAAGAGGACGAGUUACUAGUACUGGAAUCGAUUUAUGGUGACGACAUUUUCGUUCUAGACAGACAGAAUGGCUUACGAACUUUUCAGAUCCAUAUACACAUAGAAGUUCCUAAGGAGCUUACAGUCUCUGUAAAUCUAAAAACAUCUGCACUUGAGACCCAGAAUGAUGAUUCACCUGAGUUUUUGUACUCCUUCAAAGUUGAGCAUCUGCCACCAAUCAUACUGACAUGUUUAUUACCUAAAUCAUAUCCUAGUCAUCUCCCUCCUCAAUUCACCAUCUCUGUACAAUGGUUGAAGUCUGCAAAAAUUUCCCAUCUCUGUCACAUGCUUGAUUCAAUUUGGAAUGAACAAUCAGGGCAGGAGGUAAUAUACCAGUGGGUAGAAUGGUUGCAAAGCUCUUCUCUUUCACAUCUUCAAUUUGAUCAAGAAAUAAAGCUGAGCCCUUAUAAUGAGAGGGAUAUUGGAGAUAGGCGGGCAAUUUCAGAAAGUGUCUCUCCUGAUAUUGAUGUUUCCUCGCUGAAAAGAUAUAAUGACGAACAGCGCCAUGAGAACUUCCGUAAAAACAUCCAUGAGUGCUGCAUCUGUGCUGGUGAAUUUCCUGGGACUUAUUUUGCUAGACUGCCGUGCCAGCACUUCUUCUGCUUGAACUGCAUGAGAACUUUUUCAAACAUGCAUGUUAAAGAAGGUACCGUAACUAAGCUUCAGUGUCCUAAUCCAAAAUGUGGAGGCAUGAUACCACCAGGUUUGCUGAGACGAUUACUUGGUGAAGAGGAGUUUGAACACUGGGAAAGCUUGAUGUUGCAGAAAGCAUUGGAAUCAAUGUCCGAUGUAUGCUAUUGCCCUAGAUGUGAAACAAUAUGCAUAAAGGAUGAAGACAAUCACGCACUAUGCCCAAAAUGCUACUUCAGCUUCUGUACACUUUGUAGGGACAAGCGCCAUGUUGGAGUUGAGUGUAUGACACCAGAAAUGAAACUUCGUAUUUUGCAGGAGCGACAAUAUUCAUCUAACCUCAAUGACGACCAAAGAUACCAUGAGCGUGAAUUGAUCAAUGAACUUCUUAGUGUAAAGGAAAUUCACCGUUCUGCAAAGCAAUGCCCUUCUUGUAUGAUGGCUAUCUCCCGGACUGAAGGCUGCAACAAAGUCGUAUGCAACAAUUGCGGGCAAUGUUUCUGCUAUCGUUGUAAUAAAGCUAUUGAUGAGUAUGGCUGCGACUGCAGGGAUGGGCAGUCCGAACUUUUCCCACAAGAGGAAAUGCAGAAUUGUGAGGAGGGCAUUAAUGAUAGUCAAGUGGUUGGCCAAAUGCAAGCUGAACUCUUUGAUGACAACAGCCCUAAUUGUUUCUAUUGUGGUCAAAUAAAGGAGCAACAAAAUUCUUCUCAACUCGAAGACUACCAAAGACACCGUGAGCAUGAUGAAUCCUUUGAUUUGUUGAACCAGGAGCAACAAAAUUCUUCAUCUGAACUCAAAGACAACAAAACACACCCCAGUGAGCUUGAAUUGACCCUUGAACUUCUUAGUUUAGAGGAAAUCAACCGUUCUGCAAAGCAAUGCCCUUCUUGUAAGAUGGCAAUCACCCGCAUUGAUGGCUGCCACCGAGUGAUCUGCACCAAUUGCCAGCAGCUUUUCUGCUAUGAGUGUAAUAACACUCUCGAGUUUGGUUACGAUGACCAUCAUGAAAUCCAUGGAUUCAUUAUUGUCGGCCGCUCGGCCUAUUAUUCGGGCAGUUCGGCCCAUCCUUGUCCCAAAUGUGGUGAAAUAAACGAAAAGGAUUUGGAUGACAAUCACAUAUUCUGCAGUGCAUGCAAAAACCAUCACUGUUACCUGUGCAGAAUGAUGGUGAAGAUACGCUCCCAACAUUUUCAUCCCAAAGGCCGCUGCAAACGACGCACGUACUAGCUGAUGGAUAGCUAGCUUUAGGGCCGCGCAGAAUCCGAGAAACCCGACCAAAUCGCCUGUUUCUAAACCCGGUAAAUCGUCGUAUCCUUGAGGCCAAAUCCGACAUGAGUAAUCUGACCCGUUAGCAUAUUGAAGGCGGGUCAUGAUAAUCGGGUUGAGGGUUUUAAAUACCCCCGACCCACCCGAAUAUCCGAUGUAUAUAUAGGGAUUAUGUGUAUGUAUAUUAUACGACGUCGUUUAGGCCUAGUAUAUAUAAUAUGUAAGCAAAGAGGAAACGACCCUACUCCCUUGUGACAUAAAGGUGAAAUCGCCUACGCUCCGGGCUGACAAUUUGUGAAUGGGUUUAUGUAUAUGUAUAUUAUACGACGUCGUUUAGGCUUAGUAUAUAUAAUAUGUAAGCAAAGAGGAAACGACCCUACUCCCUUGUGACAUAAAGGUGAAAUUGCCCACGCUCCGGCUCGACAAUUUGUGAAUGGGUAAAUCAUACAUAGUGACUCAACUUGUUAAGCUGAGUUAUCUGCACCAAUCACCAAAAACGCGGUGGUAAUUUUGUCGACCAUGUAUGUUUUGGUGGUGCGGAUGGAUGGUGGCUUAUAAGUGCUCUAUGAUGCAUUAUGGAAUGUUUUGUGGUGUACCACCGAGGGCCUGACAAUCAAUCAAUAGGAAAACAUGCAGUGAUUUUUAUUUUUAUUUUAUUUUAUGCAUUAUGCAUAUUUCAGUGGUGUAUUAAGUGCUAGUGUGUGGUGCAUUAGUGUGUACUAUAUAGCGCACCACAAAAAAAAAUGUUAUGGAUUUAGUAGGCCCGUUGAUUAGUAUUGUUAGACCAACGGUUCCAAGGCAAAAUGCCCUUACAUAUAGUAGCAUAAUCAGUAGUAAAAAUUUUACUUCUAAUUAGUGCGAAGUAUUAUAUUUUUUAAUAUAUGUAUUAUUCAUCCGAUCUUAUUUGAUUCAUCUUACAAUCUUACAAA